GCCAGCAUGAACAACGAAGCGGAAGCUCACGGGAGUGGCGAUGCCGCUGAAGCAUGGCGAGCAUUCGGAAGUGACACGGAAGCAGGUCGAUUGCUCAAGAAACUAUAUUGUGGCAACAGCAAGCCUGUCAUCAAUUACCCCAAGGUGAAAACAAAGAAACAGCAAACUCCCGCAGGUCCUUUCAUUCCUGGCGGUGGCGGCAUCGGAGCCGACACCCGAUCUAACAACUUGGCCGCGUCCAACACGGCUCGAUCGAUCAAAGUGCCUACUCUGGGCAACCAAUCGACACAUCAGUACCAUGCCAUCGACGUAAUUCCCGCGCAUCGCCGCCACAAGGAUGUGAUCGACAAAGAACUUGGCCAAAUCAAGCGAAGCAUCGAAGGAUUUCGACCCUCCGUGGCCAGCUACCCUGGCUCUCAAGCGGAGAAGCAAAAGUUGCAGCAACGGUUCACAUACGCUCCUGGCACCAUCCUGCCUCAAGAAAUGCUGCCCGGCUCAGGUAAGUGCAUUCACCUGUCGAGAUAUGACAACCCCGUCCAUAGACUUGCUCGACAAGGAGCUGACGCAUUUGGAUGCCAAGCGCGAAGGAAGGCCAACGACGUUGCAAGAGCUCAAGAAAUUGCGGUCUCAAGUUCUCGGCGACAUCGACUCGCGCAAAAAGUACAUUGCCGAUAUGUCUGCGUUGGGAAAGAACGCCGAGACAGAUCAGAUGCAUCACGACCUGCAGCAAUUGCUGCUUGAAUUGAACCAGAUCAACGCUCUCAUGAAUCAAACAUCGUAGACAGACGACCUUUGACAGUGAAAUAACGUUAACGUUAAAAAACUCUAAUUGUCAA